UGGGGGCAGUGGCACAUCGAUUCUUCACCAAUGGCGGAAUUCAAUUACGAUACGUUCAUUUUCUGGCCGCCAUUGACAUGAUAUAUAUAUAUAUAUAUCUGUAUGCAUGUAUGUAUGAAGGUUAAGGCUGAGCUUUGAACAUUGGCCAUUGCACUGAUUCUCUAUCGGCCGAUGCUCCACAGAGAAGGAAGAAGACGGUAAAGAUCACUGAACAGUACGGAAGAGAUGGUGACGCUGGUGGUGGCAACAACCACGGAUCCCGCCUCCAUCAACCCCGCCGCCGCCCUCCUCGACAUGCUCGGAUGGAAGCCCGGUCCCUCCUUCGAGGGAAUCAGGAGCUUCACCAAUCAGCACGUUCGGUUGCUCCAGCACGACAAGGGCAUAGUGGAGGAGGACCACCUCGACGCACGGUGGCGAGACGUGACCGGCGAGGAGGUCGACGAGCUCAUCUUCCUCAGCAAGCACACCGCUGUAUCGAACCGCCCCGCUCUCACUGUUCACCCGAUCGGAGUGCCUCAUCUGAGAGAUGAUGAGGUUCCCCCACAAGGAGGGAAGCCAGGGUGGGCAGCCCCGCCAGAUCCAAGGAUUGGGCCUUGGCUGAGGUUGCUCAAGAAGAUCGCUAACUCUCACAAUUUAGUUCCAGAAUUUGAGAUAACUCUGGAGGGCACUCAUCAUGGACCAGAAACGAAUAAGCCUGCUCUGUUUGUUGAAAUUGGCAGUACUGAAGAAUACUGGAAGAGGCCAGAUGCUGCUAAAGUUGUUUCUCUACUAGUCUGGGAAGGUCUUGGACUUGGAGGAGCCCCUGCAGUCGGAAAUUGGAGCAGGGAGAACGAUAAGAAUAAAGUCCUUCUUGGGAUUGGAGGUGGACAUUACGCACCAAGGCAUAUGGACAUUGUUCUGAAGGAUGGCGUAUGGGUAGGGCAUUUGCUCUCAGGAUAUUCCCUGCCCAUGGAUGAUCCGGGCCAAUCGAAAGCAGACCCAAGUACUAUCGGAGGAACCUGGAGAAAAUCAAUCCAAGUUGCUUAUGAGGCUACUAAAUCGGCUUUUCCUGGCGGGGAAGUUAUUGCACACCUGGAUCACAAGAGUUUCAAAAGCUGGCAGAAAGUCGCUAUCGCGGGGUUCUUGAAUGAGCUGAACAUUAAAAUCGGGAAGCCAAAUGACUUCUACUGACUCUGAUGCCCUGGAGCUUUGAUGUCAGGUGGUUCUGGCCUCGCCAAGUUACUGAAAUCCGUAAAAUGUUAGUUAUUGUUUAGACUUUUACUGCCUGCUGGCACCAUAUUGCUGGUGAGCGUAUCCUGCGAAUCGGUUAGUUCUCCCACUUGUACCGAGUCAAAUGGAUUUUUCAUCGUAUAUUUAGCCCUUCUAUCCAGGGCUCCAAGUACAUCCCCCCAAAUAUAAAAUGUUCAAUUCAGAAGCUGAGGUAAUUAACUCAUAUAAUUCAAGAAAGGAGAAAUGUUGGCUCUAGAGGAGCUGUUAAAGCUGAA